CGCGUGUUGCGGGAGGGUGCCCCGCGCGGGGGCUGUGUUGGGUUGGCUGGCAAGGGCCGCCUUCAGAGGGAUCAUGGCCCAAGUAGCCGUUUCUACCCUGCCUGUCAAAAAUGAGGAGUCUUCAGAGAGUAGGAUGGUGGUGACGUUCCUCAUGUCUGCCCUUGAGUCCAUGUGCAAAGAACUGGCCAAGUCCAAGGCAGAAGUGGCCUGCAUUGCAAUGUAUGAAACAGACGUGUUUGUCGUUGGCACUGAGAAAGGAUGUGCUUUUGUCAAUUCCAGGACGGAUUUGCAAAAGGAUUUUGCAAAAUACUGUCUUGCCAAAGAGCUGCCUGAGGGGGAACCCUUGUGCCCUGCAAAUGGGAUGCAGAUCCCUGCAGGAGAAACAGAAAUACUCAGAAAAGCCGUGGGGGACUAUUUCUGCUUGUGUUAUGGUAAAGCCUUAGGAACUGGGGCAGUGGUGCCUGUUCCAUAUGAGAAGAUGCUGAGAGACCAGGCGGCUGUGGUGGUGCAGGGGCUUCCAGAAGGAGUUGCCUUUCAGCACCCUGAGAACUAUGAUCUUGCAACCCUAAAAUGGAUUUUGGAGAACAAAGCAGGGAUUUCAUUUAUCAUAAACAGACCUUUCCUAGGUCCAGCGAGUCCUAUAGGUGGACCUGGCAUGGUAAAAGGUGCUGAAGGCUCAGUAACAUCACCCAGUGAAAGUGGUGGCCCCAUCAGUGUGAAAACUGAACCCAUGGAAGAUUCUGGUGUAUCACUGAAAGUAACAGCUGUGUCAGUCAAGGAAGAAUCAGAAGAUCCUAAUUACUAUGCAUAUAAUACACAAGGAAGCCAUCAUCCUUCCUCAAGCCAUGAAGUAAUAGAAAUGGAAUUACCAAUGGAAGAUUCUACUCAGCUUGUCUCUUCAGAAAGGAGUGAGGACCCUGAAUCUGAGGUGAAAAUUGAAGGAAACACCAAUUCAUCCAAUAUCACAAAUUCUGCAGCAGGUGUUGAAGAUCUUAACAUUGUUCAAGUGACAAUUCCAGAUAAUGAGAAGGAAAGAUUAUCAAGCAUUGAAAAGAUAAAACAACUAAGAGAACAAGUCAAUGACCUCUUUAGCCGAAAAUUUGGUGAAGCAAUUGGAGUGGAUUUCCCAGUGAAAGUUCCCUACAGGAAAAUCACAUUCAACCCUGGCUGCGUGGUCAUUGAUGGCAUGCCCCCGGGGGUGGUGUUCAAAGCCCCUGGCUAUCUGGAGAUCAGCUCUAUGAGAAGGAUCUUGGAUGCUGCAGAGUUUAUCAAAUUCACGGUCAUUAGACCACUUCCAGGCUUUGAGCUCAGCAAUGUGGGAAAGCGAAAGAUAGACCAAGAGGGACGUGUAUUUCAAGAAAAGUGGGAGAGGGCGUAUUUCUUCGUGGAGGUGCAGAAUAUCCCUACGUGUUUAAUAUGCAAGCAGAGCAUGUCUGUGUCGAAAGAGUACAACCUGAGACGCCACUAUCAAACCAACCACAGCAAGCACUACGACCAGUACACCGAGGAGGUGCGUGACGAGAAACUCCAGGAGCUGAAAAAGGGACUCCAAAAGUAUCUCUCAGGGUCAUCAGAAACGGUGUGUCCUGAGCAAAAGCAUGCACUUGCCAGCGUGAGUCCGACUAAAAAUACAGCCGUGCAGCCGGUAGAGGAUGUAGCCGGGCACUUGUGGGAGAAGUUACGUGAAAAAAUCAAAUCAUUUAUGGCAUAUUCUAUUGCGAUUGAUGAGAUCACAGACAUAAAUAAUACCACCCAGUUGGCCAUAUUCAUCCGUGGUGUCGAUGAGAAUUUUGAUGCGUCGGAAGAACUUCUGGAUACUGUACCUAUGACAGGUACAAAAUCUGGAAAUGAGAUAUUUUUGCGGGUUGAGAAAAGUCUUAAGAAGUUUAAUAUCGACUGGUCAAAAUUAGUCAGUGUGGCCUCAACUGGCACGCCUGUGAUGGUGGAUGCAAAUGACGGACUUGUUACCAAGCUGAAGUCCAAGGUGGCGAUGGUCUGCAAGGGCUCAGAUCUAAAGUCCAUUUGUUGCAUCAUUCACCCAGAAUCGCUUUGUGCUCAAAAGUUAAAGAUGGACCACGUCAUGAGUGUGGUAGUGAACUCUGUGAACUGGAUAUGCUCCCGUGGGCUGAACCACAGUGAGUUCACGACUUUGCUCUAUGAGCUGGACAGCCAAUACGGCAGCCUUCUGUACUACACAGAGAUUAAGUGGCUCAGCCGCGGGCUGGUGCUAAAGAGAUUUUUUGAAUCGUUGGAAGAAAUUGAUUCCUUCAUGUCAUCGAGAGGAAAGCCCCUGCCUCAACUGAGUUCUCAAGACUGGAUCAAAGACUUGGCCUUCUUGGUGGAUGUGACAAUGCAUCUGAAUACUUUGAACAUCUCUCUCCAAGGGCAUUCACAAAUUGUUACGCAAAUGUACGACUUGAUUCGGGCCUUCUUGGCAAAACUGAGCCUUUGGGAAACUCAUCUGGCAAGGAAUAAUCUGGCCCACUUUCCCACCCUGAAAUCAGUUUCCAAAAGUGAAAAUGAUGGCCUGAACUACAUUCCCAAAAUUGUGGAAUUAAAGACUGAAUUCCAGAAGAGGUUGUCUGAUUUCAAACUCUAUGAAAGUGAACUGACUCUGUUUAGCUCUCCCUUCUCCAUGAAGAUCGAGAGUGUCCAUGAAGCACUUCAGAUGGAAGUUAUCGACCUGCAGUGUAAUACGGUCCUGAAAACGAAAUACGACAAGGUCGGGAUACCGGAGUUCUACAAAUACCUCUGGAGUAGCUAUCCGAAAUAUAAAAAUCACUGUGCAAAGAUUCUCUCCAUGUUCGGGAGUACCUACAUUUGUGAACAGCUGUUUUCCAUUAUGAAACUGAGUAAAACCAAAUUCUGCUCCCAGUUAAAGGACUCACAGUGGGACUCUGUCCUCCACAUUUCAGCAUGAUAAGGGGGGUGAUAAAAGGGGUGCUCCCAGCAUGUCCCAGGCGUGUGAGGUUGGAAUGGGACGAGACACGGGGGAGACAUGAGAAAAUGAAUUACCAAAUAUUUCUGGUUUUCCAUUUUUUUCCCCCACUCUGACUCAGAAAUAUAACUUGCAGUAACAUACCUGUUUGUAUGACAUUUUAUGCCUCACCAUAUAGUUCAGUAAAAAUCAAAGUUUUAUUGUAUUUCCAGUAAUUGACUUUUCUUAAGCCUGGCCUGUUUCAUUCAUCAGAUAACUGGCUUGACCUCUGUAAGCAUUUGGGGCUGUAAAUUCAAAUAGAUCAACAGAGAAAUAGGGGGGAUAGGUAUAAUCAUGGAGGGGUUAAUAUGCCCACAUAUUUGUCUCUGCCUUUUGCCGGGUAUCCCUUAUGGUAUAACUUGCUUCCAAGGUAAGGUGAAUCGGUUGGGGGUGUAUUCUUCUAUCAUCUUUUCUCUGCCUCCAUGUGAAUCCAGAAGGGUAGGAAUUAAAAUGGAAACCCCCAUCACAAAUAACAUUGGCUCUAAAAGGCAAAGUUAACUGAGGUUUUGGAGAUUCUUUUCUUUACUUUGAAAUAAUUUCAAAUUUAUAUAAAAGGUGCAGAAAUGGAAUUAGUAUGGAGAACACUUACAUACCAUUUAGCCAUAUUUUUUUUCAUGUUAAUAUUUCACCCCUGUUUUAUCAUUUUUUUACUUUCUCUCCCUCCCUCUCCUGUGUAUGUCAUAUUCAACAUUGCCUGAGUAAUGGCAUGCCUCUGAGCCUCUGUAUGUAUAAAUGUAUGUGCAUAAUUUUUUCCUGAACCAUGUGAAGGGAAGUGACAUCUUUUACCCCUAAGUACUUUGGACAGUAUUUUCUAAGAGUAAGAAUAUUCUCUUACAUAACCAUGAUUUAGUUACCAAUUUGAGUAAUCGAGUGUUACUGCUCCUCGACCUUUUGGCUAAGCUCAAAUGUAAAUCAAAUAUUGAUGCAAUAAUUUUUUAAUCUAGUUUUCUCUUCAUACUCCAGUUUUAUCAAGGGACCCAUGAUGUCCUUUUCCUUUAUAGCAUUCCCUCCCCACCCCAGAAGGUUGGCAUUUGGAGGCACAUGUGUAUCUCUGACCUCUGUGUUCUUAAUCUCAAUUAGUCACUGGAAUUAGUGGCCCUCCAUAUUGGAGGGAUUGGUCUGACUAGGGUGCAAAAUGCCAAGCCUGCUGACCCAUGACUCAAUAAAGAUGCAGUGAUAACAGCGAAGGGAGGCUGCAGCGGGGAGAGCCGGAGCUCUGGGUGGUUACCUGUGCAAGGCCCCAAGCCUGAGCGCAUGUCAUCAGACACUGGGGAAUGACCCAGUCCUGCCAGUGGCUAUCUUUGGGAAUGAAUGCAGUCACAGCUGGGCCCUGCCAGCUUGGAGGCUUACUUUCUGAGGAAGGAGUGCGGGGUGUUCUGGUUUAUACUGGGAGGAUGGGUUGGGGGAGGGGAGGGACGGCCAGCUCCUGAUGCAUCUGCACAGAUACUGAGCCCAAACAUCAGAGGUAUGGCCCUGCAUCAGGCCAGACUUGCCUGGGACUCCCAGCUCUCUUGGAUGUGGGGCUAUCACAUAAACUUCAAAGAAGCCUUGUUGGUGGGCAAGACAAAAAUCAGCCCCUCGUUUUAUAGACGGGCAACUGGAAUUCAGUGGUUGAGCUGCCGCUCCUUUUGCACCCUAGUCAGAUCAGUCCCUCCAAUCUGGAAAAUAGUCCCCUGCCCGAGCUGCCAGGAUGCAAAUGGAGGUCUGCGCGAUGCCUGGACUAUGUUCUUCCUGGUCUGAGCAGCCGCUGUGCAGACAUGGAGAUGCUGCCAGUGUCUGUCACGCUGCCCCAGCUCCUCAUCUGUCAUGUGUGGCUCCUUGUUGGGACUAGCCAGUGGGUGACAGGGAGGGGACAGAAGGGUUCAGCUGCACUGCUUUCUGUUGACUGGUCCAUUUAUGGCAAUGUGUGGUGGAACCAGGGUGGCUUGGCCAAGACUGUCACUCUUAUUACGAAGCCAGGACUGGAGGAAAUAAUUGAUACCAGGUGAUUUUCAAUAGUUAUGGUGAUGGGGCGUCAGCAAAUGGGAACAGUUGGGAGUGAGCAGUGGAGAGAUGAAAUCAAGACCUGGGCAUUGGAUUUGGUGGGUCCCUGUCAGCUCCCAGCGGUGGGGGAUGCACUGCAUCUGUGCCAAGGCCCUGUCUUCCCAUCCCAGGGUGGUCACUCCUCCUGCCAGGAUCCAGGGGUGGAGGGCUACAGAGGAUGCAUGUCACACUCCCUCCUCUGAGCAGCCCUCAGCCACCACAUCCACCAGACACUAGGAUGUGAGCUCCGUGGGGUCAGAACAAUGUAAUGGAUCCCACAGGGCUUUGGAAUCAGAAAAGAAAGCCUGACUCUGCCUCCCAGUUCUGCCUCCUAAAGUGCUGUAUUACCUUAAACAAGUCACCUACAUUUUCCAAGGCCUGGUUUCCUUUUCAGUAACAUACCUGAUGGGAUUGUUCUCAGAACAAGAGUUGUUUAAGGAGCUCAGCAUGAAAACUGGCUGCAGAGAGAAUGCAGCCUUAGCCCAGGCACCGCCGGCACCCCCACCCAUCAUAUACCUCCCUGUGCACGCACGACUGCAAGCAGGCCCUCUGGACCUUGGGCUCACUCACAUGCCAUGGUCCACAUCAGCACAGAGACAGUGAGGCCAGCACAAGCCACUGCCGGGGGACUGGAAAUUAAAAAAAAAAAAAAAAAAAAAAAACCCGCAGAAAACACUUGAUUGGCACUUUAGCUUGAAAAAAUUGAAACUAAAAAUUGUGAAAACAUCACAGCAUAUCUACAUAUUUUUUAAGACUUUCUGUUACAAUUGCAGCUAAACAAGCAAAGGAGUUGGACAGUUAAUUGCUCCACAGUGACUUAUGACACUCCUUGAUGUUGGACAUUUCCAGCAAAACUGUGGUCUACAAAUGCAAAAAUAACUAAAUAGGGCCUCCCCGGUGGCGCAGCGGUUGGGCGCUGG